AUGUCAAUCGCUUCGCCAAUCAACUUCAUCCUCGGCUCACUGUUCGUGGUGCUGCUAUAUUGGCACUUCCGCCCCAAGGCCCCCGUUGAGCUCCCCCGCGGCCCCCCACCUACCGUCUUCAAAACCUACACCCCCAAGACCCUGAUCGAAUUCAAUGGCGAGGACAACCGCCCCGUCUAUCUAGCCGUCCGCGGCCGCGUCUUCGAUGUCUCCCCGGGCAGGAACUUCUACGGACCCGGCGGUCCUUACGAGAACUUCGCUGGCCGGGAUGCCUCUCGUGGUCUGGCUCACCAGAGCUUCGACGAGGAUAUGCUGACCAAGGACCUAUCGGCCCCUCUGGAUGAGCUCAAGGACUUGGAUGCUGACCAGCUGGAGAACCUGCAGUCGUGGGAAGAUCGAUUCUCCGAGAAGUACCUGAUUGUGGGCAAGUUGGUGGCUGUGGGGGACCCUGAGGCCCCCUCCGCAUAG